GCACCAUCAUCGCUCUGCUCGUACAUCCGACCAGGUCACCGCGGCCACCAACGAACGGGUGUGGGAUGGAUGAGCUGGGGAGCUAGGGCUUGGUCUUGGGCGGCAGAGGGAUUAGGGCGAGUGGAGGGAGAGUUCAGGCGAAGAAGGGGACUACAGACGCGCAUACACCUCCCUCACGCCACUAUCGCCCGACGCGUGCGUUCAUGCGCGCAAGGGCGCUCAUAGGCUACAUGUCUACGUAAUAGUUCUUGAAUCCAUUCCUGCUAUAUGCGGCUUCUAUCGCGGUCGGCGCUGUUCUGUCCGCCCUGGGCUUCUCAGUGGACAACUUGGGCCGGAUUCUGACGCACAUGUCUGCCCUUGAGCUCUCUCGUCGUCGCAAUGCCCCUCCAUGAAAUGUUUCACUGUGAGCUAUAUCAGGCUGAUCUCUCUCUGGAUGGGACCACUGCAAAAAAAGAUGGCCACGUAUUUCAUCAGGCUCAGCUCGGAGCCAUGUUCCCGGACAACGCGCAGACCUUUAUUUUCAAUUGCAACGACGCGGGCGUUUUCUCGUGUACUCGGUGUGCGCACACACAUCCCAAUGCAAAAACCUUUGGAGACCAUUUGCGUCGUCCGGGAAGAUGCCCGGCGCAUCUCAGAGGCAACCAGCCAAUCCAUUGCGCAACCGCUUCGCUUUCUGCGCCUAUCGGCACAACCGAGCACGCGGAGGAAGCGUCUGCCACUCCUCUGUCGCUGUCGCCACUUUUUCGAACGUAUGGGGACACGCGGUCCUCCUCGAUUACACCGCGUCGAAGAUCCGUUUACCGAUCCGCCGGGUUAGCGGGCCAGAAGACGGUGGCGGUCCGCAUGCCUUCGCACCCCGUCGCGCGCGUGCUCAUUGCCCUCCCCUCGCCGCGCUGGUCGCGAACUCUUCGGGCAAGCCAAGUACCACACGCACGGAGCACGUCGUGCACAGUCUCGAGGGGCGCGUUGCGAUCGUCCUGGACGGCGGGGCGGGCAGCCUGGGGGUGGGGAGCACUGUCGUCGACGGGCUGCAUCCGGACGGCGCGAUCCGUGUGCUGCAGCCGAGUGGUGUGACGGUCGAGGACCUGGAGCGCGUCAUUCGGGAGGAGCUGGGCGAGGAGGAGAGGGAGGCAGUGCCGCGGGUUCUGGUUCAUCGAUGCGAUUAUGCUGACGAGGUGAUCGAGAGCACGCCGACGACACCUGGGAUGAAGUACCUGCACUUCUUCGACCACCACUUCCUUCUGGCGGACAAGGACCCUCCUUCUCUACGCUCGCGCUUCAGAAUCAAAACCCGGGUGGCCAGCCUCUGAAACAGACAACACUCUUCGUAGGAUCCAUUUCAGGCGGCGUCACCGACACAACACUCAAUGCACUCUUGACCGCGUGUGGGCCAAUAUCAAGCUUCAAGAGGCUCAUCACACCAGCUGGAAAGCCGCGGGGAUUUGGAUUCGCGGAAUUCGAGACAGCGGAUGGCGCGCUGUUGGCGCUUGCACUGCCCAAUGGAAUCGAGCUGCCAGCGCUCGAGGAAGGAUCGAAUCCGAAGAAAAAACGACCACGUUCUUGAACACCUACGCGUCGACACGGCGCGCACCGACCGCAAACUCCCAGACAGCGAAGCAACUCAUUGAUGCUGUGCUCGACGACCUCUCCCGGGUGGCACAGGCCGCGCUAGGCAGGGAGAAGGAGAAAUAAGUCAUUCCGCCGCAUUUGCACAAUCUGCAGGAGGCGGAUCUGCCAGAGACGCAGCGCGAGCUGGUCGUGAGCGAGAUCGCGUAAUUUCGGGAGCGGGCGGCGAAGCAGGAGCGGGAAAAGAUGAAGGAACUGGAAAUAGAGAUGCGGAGCCAAAUUGCGGCUUCAGCCGCACCUGCUGCACCGAAUCAGUGGGGCGCGGGCUCUGGUGGUGGCGCGGGCGGCGGUGCGCAGACUGGACAGAGAGGCUUGGACCCGGACUCGGAAGCAGGGCGUUCGAGGACGAUGCCCAAGGGUAUGGCAAACCCAUGGAGUUUGUCAAAGGGGCAAGCAGUGCUAGUAUACCUACACAGACCGACAAACAAAUGGAGGCUGGGAGAAAGGAAGCAAGGAGAAAAGAGGAGGAGCUAUCAUCCAGAGAUCAAGACUGUCGAUACGAACCGCGAGAACGACAAUGGCUGGCUGCACUGGAACGGGCAAUUACACAGGAUCGUGCGACCAAGUCAUCACACGCGCAAGUCAAAUCAGACAUGUUGAAGCCGCAGAAGGUACGAGACGACGCCACGGAUCGAGCAGACGAAGAGAGGGAGAAGUCUGAGCUUGAGCAGGCGAGCAAGAUGUUUUUGCAGCAGCAAAUGGAUGGUUUGCGACGCGGCGAGGAGGAGGCAAGGAAGGCAGGAAUGUUGGUGGAUAGUGGUGGGCCGGUCAAGCUCAAUACGUCAUUCGCAGCAGCAGCCCCUACAACCAAGGCUGUGGCCUCAGGAGAUGCCCUUGGCUUCAGUGUCGAUGACAAAGAGGACGAGGCGCUUACUCCAGACUAG